AUGGAGGCCGCCCUGCCGCAGGCGCUGCCGGAGCCGCCCCGGCCCGAGCUGCUGGCCCGCGCGUUUCCCCUCAGGCCGGGGCGGCCGCUGCCGGAGGCGCUGCCCGGAGCCGGAGCUGCCUGUGCGGCGGAGCGGCCGCGCUUCCCGGCCGGGCCGGGGCGCCUGUGCGGGCGCUGCUUGCGGGGCCGUGCCGGCCUCGCCAAAGCUGCCCGCGGCUCCCUUUGCGCGGCGGUCGCUGCCGGUGCCGGCGCGCUGAGGCGGAGCUGCCGCCCCUCAGGCUGCCCGCGCUUCCCGCCAUUGGCGCUGCGGCUCCCUCAGGCUCUGCCGGCGGCCAUCCCGCCUGUGCCCGGCUUUCGGGAAGCUGCCCGCGCUCUCCCGGCGCCAGGCGGGCUUUGGCCCUGGCUGGAUGCCGGCUGCCCACCAAAGGCGCUGUCAGCGCUCCGCCCGAGUGGAGAGGAGAGGAAAGGCAGCAAAAGGCUCAUGAGCUUCCAGAAAGAGAGGGAGAGAUCCCUCCCUGGUGACUGCAGCCAGUCCUGCCUCGCCAUGGACCUGGUGCCGCGUCUCGUGCGCGCUCUGCUCCUGCUGGCCCUGCUGCUGGCAGUGGCUCCCUCGGCAGGAGUGGCCAAAGAGCUCUGCCCAGAGCCCUGCCGCUGCCCGGGCCAUGGGCGGCUGAACUGCCGCCACACCGGGCUGGCCACCGUGCCCCCAGCCAGCCGCCGCCAAGCCCUGGCCGUCCUAGUGCUCAGGGACAAUGAGCAGCGGACAGUGAAGAGCCAUUCCCUGGAGGGGCUGUUCCUGCUGAAGCACCUAAAUCUCUCCGGGAACGGCCUCACGCGGAUCCGCAGCGGCACUUUCCAGGCCUGGCAUGGGAUGCAGUUCCUCCAGGAGCUGAUCCUCAGCCAAAACCCGCUGGUUGUGAUAGAUGACUCUGCCUUCUUCAAGCUGCCCUCAGUGCGCUCUCUGCAAGUGCCCAAGGAGACGGCCUGCUGCCUGUGCCAGGAGCGUCCCCGGCCCGAGAGCCCCUGCAGGACCAUCCAGUUCCUGUGCGAGAAGCUGUGCAGCAGCAGCGCCCCGCAGUGCGUUCACUCAACUGUGCUGCAGACACGGGGAGAAGUAAUGGACAUGGAGCAACGCAGAGAGCUGAACACCAGCCCUGUGUUGAUCCUCAAGCCCAUGGAACCUUCACUGGGAGAUCAUGGAACUGCAACGCUUGUGGUUGCCCUGACCCAGAGCGCUGAGGGUGGUGUCAGCAGCCUGGAUAGCUCCAGAAGAAAUUCAUAUCCCCCUCAGCAUCUCUUGGGGCACGAAGGCAAAACAAGUGCUGGUGACCUGAGGGCCAAGGUCAAGAAGAAGCUGCACAAGGCAGAAAGCAUCAAGGCUGCAAGAAUCACUGUCCCACACCAGCCCCAGCCUGCCAGGCUGAAGCAUGUGGUGGAAAAGACACCCUCAAGCUGGCAUCAAGAGAAGAUGGAGUCACGUUUAUACUGGCAAGGAUUGAAGCCCUCAGCUGUAGCUGGUGGAUUAAAACAUGCUGACGAUCCCUCCAUCUCUGGACAACACAGAGAUGAGGAGGAAGAUCCAACUGCCAGGAAGUACCACGUCAGGACACACAAACGGCACAAGAAGAAGGACAGGCAGUAUUGGGUUGGACAUAAUCCGCUUUUCUACCAGGUGCUGAGCCCUGUGAAAGUGGAGCGAAGGUCCAGAUCUGCCCAGGGUCUAAACAGGGACGUGGAUUUUCUCUCUGACCCGUUGGUUCAGAGCCACCCCGCUGUGAGCAGCAGACGAGGAGCCACGGCUGAAGAGAAGCAUUCCUCCAUCGGCGGCCACCUCCUGCUCAUGCCUGACACCAGAGAGGAGGAAGACUCCAUGCUCCUCCAUAAACCUGUGAGACCCCGAAGUGCGGACCUUGCGCCAGUACUAAAAGACCUGGAAACCAAUGCUGAUCAUCACCAGCAGUUGAUGGAGGCACACAAAGGCCUGAAGACAUUCAUGGCCCACGUGGAGAGAGCUCUGAGGAGGGACUGCAGCCUGCCCCAGCUCAAGCAGGCGUGUGCCAAGAUGGUCAAAAAGACCAGGCUGCUUCUAAAGGUGCUCCAAGGGAGGCAAGAGAACCAGGGAGCCUAUGAUCCAAUGGAGCAGUGUCGUCAACAAGAGAACAUGAUCAUUCACAUGGCCUUGGGGAAGGACAAGGGGCUCACAGGGAAGCACAAACAGAAGGUUGUGGUGUACGUGAUCACAUUUGUGGUUCUGCUGUUUUUCUUCGUCUUGGUUUUACUGAUACUGAAGUGUGUCUUCCACAAGCGCUCCCGACAGAGUGAACUUGACUCCCAGCCUGGCCACCCCAGGAAAUUGUGGCUGAGAAGGUUCUGUGCAAAACUGCCACAGAGAGGGAGGAAGGAUAACAAGGAGGCACAGAAUGUAGAGCAGCCUUUGCUCUACAGGGCAGAGAGCUCCUCCGAGUGUUGCCCCUGUUCCCAGGCUGUUCAUGGAGCAUCCCAGUGCUGUUCCCUGUUCAGCAAGUCUGAAUUGCCAUGGAUUCAACGCAUCAGGGAUGCCUAUGAAUCCCAGAGAUAAGCAUCCCGGGAAGAGGCAUAGUGUGAAGAACAAAGGUAGAAGACUUUCAAGAAGUUAAUGGGAUGCCACAAUUGUUCACCUCCCAUUUAGCUGAGGCCCUCCUUGGAUGCUGCUUUGUUGGCUGUUUUUAUUUCUUUAGAUGCUUUUUCCUUGACUGUUAUUUCUUGCUGUCACUGCUGAGGGAAGGCCAGAGGGUGCUGCAGGCAAGCACAAGCUCUGGGACACCCAGAGAAGGCAUCAGUAUCUCAGGGUUUUCCUCAUCCCUUGUCACAAUGUUUUCCCCUGCAUUCAAUAAAAAACAAGUUGGUUCUCGUU